ACUCUUAGGCCUUUAGGUGUGUUAGUUUUUUUUGGCUAUUUUUAUGAUGAUGGUGGAUGUAUUUAAGUGAUAUUGAAAAUUUACGUAAAAUGGCUAUUAAUGAUAAAGAAAAACAGGUAGACAUGUCACUUCAUGAAGUAGAAUGGAAUGUAGAAAACGAGAUUCAAUUGUUUUUUGCCAUGAACGGACACAAGCCAGUCGGUAUCAACAAAUACUUUCAUAUGGUGUGCAUAUGGGAAAAAUUUCGUACUGCGAUUCACAAGAAUGUUCCAUUGAAACUAAUUUGGAAUCAUUUGGAAUCCAUGUACGAUCUUGUGGCUCUAGACGAUGUAGAUUUACCAUUUCUCAAUCAAGAGAUAGAUUUUUCCUUGCCAGAGACGGAAUUUAUGGCAAAAUCUCACAGAAAAGAAGAAUCGGAAACAAAAGUAAAAGAUCAGAGAGAUAAACAUAAAGAAAUUAAAAAAGAAAAGGAUGAUAAAGAAAGUCUAAAAAAAGACAGUACUUUUCAUGACAUCAAAGGCAGUAAAGACAUGGGAAAGGAAGAAACAAAAAAAUAUACCAGAGAAGUAGAAACAAAGAAAGAUAAGUUCAAGGAUAUGAAAGAUAUGACAAAAGAGUAUAAGUCUUUCAAAGGUCGUUUCAAGAGCAAGGAUGAUUUAGCAGAUAAUGCCUCAGAUGAAAAAGAGCAUAAAGAUUCUGAAUCUGUUUAUGAACUGUUAAAAAGGAUCCCUAAAAGAUCAACUAGACAAAGUAUGGAUAAUUCUAAAACUUCAUGUUCAUCUGACACACCACUAUCAAAACGAAAAAGAAUAUAACAAUAGUUGUAAAUAUAAUGAUCAUAUCUUGUCAAGUUUAUGAAAUUGAUAUUUUUAUAUCUCAUUAUCCUAAUUAAUGUGUACAUAAAAAUUUUUAACAAUAAAACAAAAAAACCAUGUCUAAUUAUAUAAAAUCUAUAU